GGGGGGGUGCAUAAAAGCGCCAUCGAAACUCAGCCCGUCACUGCUGCCCGGUAAAUACAGGUUGUGGAGAAAAGAUGAACGCCAUCCAGGUGAUUUCCCUGACGCUGCUGUCCGUCCUGGCAGCCAACGCCCAGGUCAUCAUGCCCGGGCGAUGCCCCAAGCCUGCUGUUCAGGAGAACUUUGACACUGCCAGGUAUCUUGGUAAAUGGUAUGACUUCCAGAGACUGCCACAUGCUUUCCAGAAGGGAGAGUGCUGCACUGCCACCUACAGCCUGCAGAGCCCUGGAGUUGUCGGUGUCCUCAACAAGGAGCUGCUUGCUAAUGGUUCCAUCAACGCCAUCAGCGGCACUGCCACGGCUAAGAACCCCUCCGAGCCCGCCAAGCUGCAGGUCACCUUCUUUGAGAGCGCCCCCCCUGCCCCUUACUGGGUCCUGUCCACCGACUACGACAGCUACUCCCUGGUCUACAGCUGCACCGACCUCGGCGUGCUGCAUGUGGACUUCGCCUGGAUCCUGAGCAGGCAGCCCACCCUGCCCGAGGAGACCAUAGAGGAGCUGCACAGCGCCCUGUCCUCCAUCGGAGUCAGAGUGGACAAGCUGCUCACCACCAACCAGGAUGCAGCUUACUGCAGUGCUAUGCAGUGACAGAGAUAAUCCUGAUUUAGCCUACAGACCCACUCACUACUGUGUGUCAUGUAUUGUGCUGCUUAUGACUGUGCGCUCACUGGUCUUUAUGUCACUGGAUGUCUCUUGCAAAGUCAAUGCAAUAAACUUAUUCAAACUGAAA